GAAAGUUGAAGAUGCCGUAACUCGACCACUGAGUAGUUGAUAUCACUGUUGAGAAGUGUGCUGAGUCAGACUGGAACCCUUCUUGUUCUCGCUUCGAAAACGAGGAGAAACAGACUGAUAGGAAAAUCGCUGGAAGAGGCAAAACUACAUUGGACUGCCAACGCGACGAAUCUCAUAAAUACAUAUAUUUGUAUCUCUUGCCCUUAAGAAGCAGUACUCGUAUUGCUAGCAGCUACAACAAGAUCUUGGCUUUCACCGCUUUUCAGACCGUAGCGAGCAACAACAUAAGCGUGGAAAAGCAAUUCGUGGUAUACCGGACGACUGUGUUACUAGAUCACAAGACCACCACAACUACUCGACAAGAACAACUGCCAGGAACAGAUCUCCACUUCAACUCCGACCAGAGAUCCGCGACAGCACAGAAGCAACAGGAUGCCGGUUCCUGGUGCUUACAGAAUUCCUCCACGACAGGUAGGGGGCAGUAAUACUGUCGACCCUUUCUCGUUGUGUCCUCGUAACAACGAUGCUGCUCAAUACAACGUUGGUUUUACUAAGAAACGUGAUCUAGCUGAACCGCAACGCAUGACCCAGAAACAAUAUCGCGUCUACCCUCUCCAGGAACAACAGCCAGCAGAGACGCCACCGAACGCGAAUUUUGAAGAUGAAGAGAGAGAGAGUCCACAGGACACCAGUCCGUCUAACUAUAUGGACACCAUGUUUUCGCCUCCACCUGGGUCCGCUGCCUCUGGUAAUACUGGAACCGGACGUGGGUCGGGUCGUAUCGGUCGUGGCAAUAACUACAGCACCUCACCGCCAGCACGACCUUCCAACAAUGUUUCCUCAUCUGCGUCUAUGCAGCGUCGUAUCGAGAUUUUACGACCGGCGAACAGAGCAAAGGUUUCACCUCUACUGAACAACAAGAAAGUUUCUACUCCUUCUAGCACGACUAAGACUACCUCUCCUGUCCCCGGACGAGGACACCAAGGGAGCACGGAUCAACCGGAUGGCGGGAUGUUCAAUUGGCCAUGGAUGCCAAAGGAUCCGAACCAGUCGAAAAAAAAAUUUCUUGUUGUGCAACCGACCAAGAAGUCUGACAACCAACAUCCUUUAACCCAGAUCUACGAUCGUGCGCCGAUCGCAGCGCCGGUCGGAGGGUGUUCGGUACUGUCUGAUGAAGAUAACACUCUCGGAACGACUUUUAUGCCGCCAUUUGAUAUAGAGUUGAUUAUAGAGGUUUCGGUUAUUUUACAGCUGUAGCUCUAGCUUGAGUUUGAUUGUCGAACAGAACAAGGUAAUUCUGAUACAUAGUUCAGCGUUCUUAGCGUUCAAAUGAACUACGUCUCGAUAUGCUGAGACAUGGAUGUGUUUGAUAUGAUUAAACAUUUUAUUUUCAUUUCCAUCUCUCCUCGUUCUCGACGCAUCAUUUUCCCCAUCUUCUAAUGCAACGACUCCUGGCAAAAGCACGAGGAACUGGAACCGAUCGCCUGUCACGCAGCACCAGAAGAGCAUGCCUUUCACACGCAAAAACAUUAGCCCAACACCGCGUUCUGCUCCUGCAGACAAAAUACGUAUGUCCUACGCAUCUCCUUCCGGUGGUGCAGCCAGCAACUUUCCCAUCCAAGAAGAUUGCAGUGGGACACGCCGCCGCAGUCCGUACACACCUGCAUCGGAUUGGGACGCGAACGACGCACGGGACAGGAGAAUCAUUUAUGUUGACUUUUGAAUCAUUUACUACCUCUGAUCAUUACCCUUCCUCUUCCCCUCCGUCCUCCCUUUCAUUUCUCCCUCUCCUCUCCAAAAAUUAGGAAUGUUCGGGUGUAUUAGAUUAGUGUUAGUUAUGGACCAAAUAAAGAUUAACUAUUCCACUAUCGUCUAGAACAACUGCAUUAUUUUAAUGACGCAGGAACGAGAUUGAAGAUUAAGAAAACGAUAACCUUAAGCAUGGAUUGGACUAAAGUAAAGGAUUCAGUCCUACAACUUUUUGCUACAUAUCCCGCUCCGAGCUUCGACGUAGUCCUCUUGCUAUGAAGUAGAGAUCAUGACCCAAAUAAAUCUUACUGCCGAGGGAGCCUCAUCAUGGUCAUUUCGUAGUCGUUCUUUAUUUUCUUUUUUCUAAUGCAAGGAAGAAAGAUGCAAUGAAGUGUACGACAUCGAUCUGGUACUGCCCCAUCAACGCGUAUGGGGGUUACUGAAGGCGAUUUUUGCUGUUUUAUGCUGCUUGUGCGGAAUGAUUUUCACGUGGUUGUCCCGUUUUGGCGUGAAGUCGAUCAUCAGCAAACUGUCAGACACUGAAAAAAAGCGCUUGCGCAAGUGCUACGAGAAAUCACGCACAUCGUCCUACAGCUGCAUGGGUAUCGACGAGUUUUGUGCCACAGACGAACAGAAACAAGAGAAGCAAAUCAUGGAGCAGAAUAUCUAAAAAAGAGAAGUAGGAGUAGCAAAUGUUGAUGAAAAUGCUGUUCAUCUUCUAGUACUGAUGAAAAUAGAAGUUGACCCUGCUCUUGACAAGAUGAACGGAAUAUUAUAAUCAAUAAAUGUUGGACCUGGACGAAGUAAGAAAUGUCUUAGCGGACGGUCUUACCUUCAAUCAAAGAAAAGAAGCAAGUUGUACCAUAGUAAAUACGAUGAGGUACUACAACUUCAACAUACAACAAUUUUUACACGCACAAAAAUUAAGUACGUACAACAACAUAAGUACAUAGAACACUGACGUAUGAUCUUGAUUAAGAUUCUUCAGUCACAACAUACAUGAGACGUACUACACACGCAUGACCAGCAGCAACACGGCAUCUAUCAGUACUAACACUAACCUGAUUAUAUAUAGUUAUAUGAAUCUAUCCCACCACGACCUCAAGCACAUAAUUCUACAUGAACCGAUGAUAAUAAUCGCAUCUCUUCCAAGAACUUCAACAUAGCUAUCGAACCUGAAUCUAAAAAGUUCAAAUUUGAUCUACUCAUCAAUUGUAGCGCAGGCUACGAAGAUAUUCACCCACACUCAUGAAAUUAUCCGUAAACUCCACACUAAUUUACAUUGUUACAUAGUUCUGAAAUCUGAGACUACAUUCCUUGACCAUCUACUUAUCGGAAACACCCUCAAAAAAUUAUAUCCUCAUUCAUAUCCUAUUUCAAAAAUUAUAUUAUCCCCCGGUAUAAUACCUGUGCUGGGUGACUGGGGCGCAAGUCGAGCUUACGCUCCAGUCCCUGACCACACCCCUCAUUAUAAUCGGCUGCGCUACCUUUUGCACCUCUCUACUUCUCUCCCUAGUUACUUCCUGUAGUAUCUCCCUUGCUCUUCCUCCACAGUUGUGUGCUCGUGUUGGUCAUUUUUCUAUCGGAGGGGUAGCUCUAAUCUUCAUGCUAAUCGCCGUCCAGUCCUUUCAUCAUUAUGUUUGAAUCAUACAAAAAGCAGACUAUGCGCUGCGAACGAACAAUGCCACCCUCUGAGUACGCGAAGUUACCGACGACCGAAUCUGGUGUCGUCCUGCUCGCCUCACAAGAGGUGCUAUUGAUGACGUAAAAACAUGGCAUUUAUUGCACAGAUAUUUAUAUAUACCUCAUGUUGGAUGAUGGACUCAUGACGAC